CAAUACCGUAUAUCAAAAGUCUCUUUUGCCCUCUUUGUACAUCUCUCCUUCACCAUCACCCACUGAGGUACACCACCUACGGAGUGCACCUGGCAAUAUGCGCCAUCCGCCCUCAAGUGUCUGACUCAUCAUGGUCUUCCGCGCCCUCGGCCGGAGUACGCUCUACUUCAUAGGCAGCGCCAGCACCCUCAUAAUGCUGAACGACAACUUCGUCGAAAUCACCGUCAUAAACGGCUCCUCGAUGUCACCCACUCUCUCGCCCGACUUCGCUACCACCGCCGCGCGCGAUCUCGUGCUCUGGAACAAAGCCUACCCUACCCGCCGUCUCCGACGAGGAGACGUCGUUCUAUUUGCAUCCUCCACGGACCCCGAAGAAACCGUGGUGAAGAGAGUGGUGGCUCUGCCGGGAGAUUUGAACCCGGCGGCGAGGAGGUGGGACAUCAUGUACGAUCAGGGGAGAGGCAAGGUGCAGAUCCCGCAGGGUCAUCUGUGGGUAGAAGGCGAUAAUUGGAGGAUGACGCGGGACAGUCAUAUGUACGGACCAGUGAGCAGGGCUUUGGUCAAGGGAAAGGCCGUGGGGAUUCUGUGGCCGGCAGGGAGGUUCGGA